AUGUCUGAUCAGUCCAUACUUCGCAUCACUCGGGUACCAUAUUUCCUCAUCAUUCUUUAUCUCUCCUUACUGACUGACGUUUCUUCUUCUAUAGCGCUCGCUGUGGCGUAUAAGGACUCUGAUAUUCGCAAUGUUGCCGCUAUUGUGUUGGGAACCCCGGGGACUCCUUAUCAGUUCGGUCUCUUUGAGUUCAGCAUCGGUUUUGGCAAAGACUAUCCUGCUACUCCACCUAUUGUCCAAAUUACGACGACCAACGCAGGACGAUGCCGUUUCGGUCCUAAUCUCUAUGCUGGGGGGAAGGUUUGCUUUACCUGGGGUGCUCAGCGCGGGGAGGAAUGGUCGUCGGCUCAAGGACUGGAGUCCAUUCUGAUCUCCAUUCAGAGCCUCAUGUCGAACAAUCCCUAUGAGAAUGAGCCUGGAUACCAAGGGGCACAUGCAACCGAGGAUCAGGAAAACAGCCAGGCUUAUAUUGAAAAGGUAAGUUUGUCCAAGGUAGGAUGGUCAACUGUGCGCUCACCUCGCCUUGAGAUACGCCAUGAAACUCUUCGCAUUGCAGUUAUCCAACCCUUGGAAUCGUCACUGGGCAUCCAGUCGGACGGAACAGUCAAGCCAUCCGAGAGCAAGAAUAUAGGCGAGGAUGAUGAUUGUGAUGACUCGUUCGAUGAUGAAGACGGCACUUUCGUGGAGCCCUUUGCAGAUCUUCGCAAGAGACGCUUCUUAUGGUAUUUUGACUCCUACAUGCAGGCAAUCAAAGAAGCAGAACCUCAGGUUAGACGCCGCCAGAGAUUCGAAACCAUGCCUUUUGAGACCGAAGAUAAUUGCAUGAGGGGCCAUUUUAAUUAUCCCGAAUUGAGACGACGCCUCAUUUGUGUCAAGGAAGCCAUCCUCAAAGAGACGCACAAUUGGCCAAUAGAAGGUCUCGAGGCAAAAAAGCAGGAGGCUAGCCUUGCUGUGAGCCUGCAAAGUCAGUACGAGCAGAUUGUUGAGGAUUUCAAGCAUCGCCACAACUUCACAGCGGAUCUGCGCCUUGUCCAAGAAAACCCGUUCCUCUGGGAAGUGAUCUACUUUGGCCGCCCCAUGACACAACUUGACGGUGGUGUGUUUAAGAUCAAAAUCUAUAUAAGUCCACGAUUCCCGGAAGAGCAACCCCGUGUCGUCGUAGAACCAGAACUCUUCCACUACCGGGUGUCUAAAGAUGGAACGUUGUGCUACUUUCCAAAACGCACAGAGGAAAUGCGCCAUCACAUCGAGGCAAUUGUGGAGGCACUUGAAGAGGAGUCUGCACCUUACGAUCCGCGGACAACCGUGAACCCAGAAGCAUCCAAGUUGUUCUGGGGUAGCACUGAGGAUCGAAAGAGCUACAACCGUGCACUCCGUCGCUCGGUACAGAAGAGCGUAGAGUGA